AAUGCAAAACCAGCUCCCAGCAGACAUUGAGAGCUCGAGUUCCAUACCCCAACGAGAAACCGUCAUGGAGACGUCCCACGGCUUGACGAGGCCAGACCGGAAGACCAUCGAAAAGAACAGGAGGAUCCACAUGAAAGCUCUCUACUCCAAGCUCCUCUCCCUCCUCCCUACACCCAGCUCACAGCAGGAGGGGGGCGCGGUAACGCUGGCGGACCGGCUGAACGAAGCGAUCAACUACAUAAAAGGGAAGCAGGAGAUGCUCGAAAGGAUGCAAAAGAGGAAGAGGCAACUGACGGGGAGCGCAGGCACCGCGAGUGAAGUGGCUACUGCUUCGAGAUCUCCCAAGAUAGAUGUCCAGGACUUGCGUCCUGGGUUAAGGGUGAUCGCAGUAAUUAGCCCGUGUGAUCAUCAUCUCAUCUUCUGCGAGAUUGUUCGAGUUCUGGGAGCGGAAGGGGUCGAUAUCAUCACGGCCAGCUAUGCUGUCGUCGGCGACAGAGCUUUCCACACCAUCCAGUUCUUGGCACCCAAGAGUGGAACCGGAGAGGCUGACCAGGUGAUGGGGAGAUUGAAGAAGGCUAUCCAUGCUUAGCUAGCUUAACCAACUGUGCUCUUAAAAUUUUAAGAGACAGAAAGGAUAGAAGGGUGGCGGAUUCUAUCUAUAUACUAAAUUAUAUAUGCUGAAA